AUGCGAUUCGCCUCAAUCCUCACAAUCAUCCCGGUAAUUGCCCUCCUCGCAGCACCUGUAACCGCAGCAGUAAUCCGCGACUUGACAGAUUCCAUGGUGUCGGCUUGGUUCAGUUCGGAACAUCCGGAGGAAACCGUCGAGCCUGUAAACAGCAACCCACUAUCGCUCAUCGCCUGCACCGACCCCCAGUUCCUCGGCCAAUGCUACACCUGGAAAUCGAGGGAGGGGCAUUGUGUCGAUCUUGACGAGUCGUGGCUGAAUAAAAUCUCUGCGAUUGACACGCAGGUGCCGCCCCAAGGCGGGACUCAAACAUGUACGCUCUAUUCGGAAACUAGCUGUGAAGGCACUGCAAAAGGGUUCACGAAUGAAAGGAUCGCUGAUUUGUAUCCGAUUGGGUGGGAUAACGUGGCGAGGAGCUUUAUGUGUGAGGAUGCAUGGUCUGAACCACCCUCUGGGGAGCGUUAA